GACGCCUUUAGCAGCAACAAAAACAAGGAUAACUCUUCCAAUCAGGUUAAAUCAAGUACUCUAUCAAAGGAAAGAAAUCACAUUCUCUGCGUUUUGAUAAAGACAAAGGAGGGUGGAGUAUUGUGCUGGAGGAUGUCACCCUCCGUUGUGUUGUUGAUGAGCCUAGUAUUGGGCACCCUAGAAGUAUGUACUUUUCCAGUGGAUAAAGCAGAGCACCCUGAAGAAAUGGUAACUCGGUGUAUAGUAGAAGUGCUCUCAAACGCAUUAGCCAAGCCCAAUGCACCACCGAUUGACCCUGAAUGCAGGGAAAUACUUAAGAAAAGUAGUAAGCAUCACAGUACGGAAGAAACAGUUAAUGAAAAUAAAGAAUAUGAGAUAAGAAAUUUGAAAGAAUUGGACAAUAGCGAGAAGCAACAUGACAUCAAUGAAGAAAGUAAACACAGUCAUGAAACCAAAACAUCAAAAGAGCAAAAUGAAGAGAAACGACAUCAUGUGGAAAAUGAAAGUAUGGAACAAAAAGAAGAAGAUAGAGAAAAGAAGCAUAUGGACGAUAAAGAGGAAGAUACAGGCCACUCUAAAGAAAGACACUUUUUGGAAGAUGACGAUAAAAGAGAAAUUCACAAGGACCUUUACAAAAGUGAAGAAAUAAAGAAAGAUGUAAAGGAGCAGGAUUAUUCACAAGAAAGUAAGCACAACAUUUUUGACAAGAAUGUACACAGUGCAGCUAAAAGUUUAGAAGAGAUUUCUGAAGAAGAGGAGGAACCCAAAAAUGUACAGGAAAAUAAGAGGCAUCAUUUAAGGGAAAAUUGGAGAGAAAGUCUGAGUCAUCCAGAGAAACACCAUUCAGCUCAAACUUAUGAACCAUCUAAGGAAUCAGAGGAAAGCAAAGAGGAAGAAAAGAAAAGAAGUUACACGCCAAAGCACAUUGAACUUGGACAAAAAUUCCAUGGUUAUGAUGAAAAAAGAAGUUAUGAAGAACAAAGACACCACUUUGACUCAAAUGAGGAAGAGCCAGAGUAUAGAGGACAGAAAAAACACUUUGGACUCAGUUCAUUUGCAGAUCUUUCAAGCAAUAAAGCUUAUGAUAAGAGAGUCUCCAAUGACAUUUCCAGUUUAGAAGAAAGUGAGGAGGAAAGAGAACACAAUAAUAAACACAUGCAACAUGAAGACAAAGAAUCAAAGAGACAUCACUUUGAAGGGGAAGAGGAUACAAAGUAUCAUGAAGAAAGAAAGAGGUGGCAAAAUACACAACACGAAGAAUCAAGAUUUCACUUUGGUCACAGUAAAGAAGAUAGUGAGGAAAGUGAAGAAGAUGUAGAAAAAAGGAAUGCCAAGAAUGUGUUGCCAAAGGAAAGGCUUUAUGGGAAAGAAAGAUAUCACUUUGAAGACACAGAAGAUGAAGAACCACAAGAGACAAAAGAGGAAGACAAGCGACAUUAUAUAGGUGAAGAAAUGGUCGAUGAGUUUAAAAGAUACUAUCCAGAACAUUCUGAGGAGAAAGAAAAAAGCCAAUAUGGUGAAGAACUAAAAAAACAUAAUUAUGGAGAAAGUAAAGAUGCUUUUGGGGAAUCUAAUUACUUUGAUAAGGAAAAGAAUAAACAACACAGUUCUGAAGAAUACAGAAGAUUACCAAGUCAGUAUCGCUUCCCUGAACAGCUAAAAUGGAACAACAGGUAUUUUGAUAAAGAUGAUAGUAGUGAGGAAGAACCUAAACGCAACCUAAAGAACAAAAAUAUGUUUCCUGAAUACAGUGAUUAUGACCUGUGGGGGAAAAGGUUUCUGGAUGAUAUGAGUCAUGGAUAUGGUGAGAAGAGAAGUACACCCAAGAUUCACAAGUUUGAUAUCAAAAGACAGUAUGACAGAAUGGAUGAACUUGCACAACUACUUAAUUAUAAGAAGAAAUCAGUUGAGUUUCCAGACUUCUAUGAUUCUGGAGAAAUUAAAAAACGACACUUUAAUGAAAGCCCUAACUUCAACCAGAGACCAUUAACAGAUGAAGAGGAAAAAGAGCUUGAAAAUCUGGCGAUUAUGGACAUGGAACUGCAGAAAAUUGCUGAAAAGCUGAGCAACAACAGACAAGGUUGAGAAACAAAUAAAUAAUAACACCAGCAGCUUAAAACUACCAUAUAUUAUAUUUAGUUCAAAACAUUCCUACAUUUCUUGUCAAACUCACUGCAUCUCCAAGGGGAGAAUGUUAUUUAGCCAAGACAAGCAAAAUGUAGAUCACUGUCCACUUAAUAGUAUUUUACACUGUUGGAAAAGUCUGAAAUAUGCUAUUGAUAGCAAGAUAGCAUGAUAUAUAGCAUAUAUUGUUAACUAUAUACAUUUUAAUAUGCUUGUGGAAAUGUUUUUUUGUGUCAAUGUACUUUAAUACAUUUAAUACAUUUAAUGUACAUUUAAUGUGUUGAGAUUUGAAAUAAAAAAAAAAAUCUUUUUGGUCUUAA